CUGGCUCCGUGCGCGGACCCGGGAGCCCGCCGCGCUCCCCGCAUUCCUGCCGCCCUCCCCGGCCCGGCCCCGGCUCCGGUCCGGUCCCGGUCCGGUCCCGGUCCCGGCACCCGCGGCCGGCCCAGCCCCUCCGGAGCACGGAGCAGGUUGUCGUGUGUCCGUGGGGGCUCGGGGUCGGAGCCCAGAGCAGCCAGCACCAUAGCGUCCAACAGCUGGAACGCCAGCGGCAGCCCCGGGGAGGGGCGGGAAGAUGGCCAGGACGGCAUGGACAAGAGCCUGGACAAUGAUGCCGAGGGCGUGUGGAGUCCGGACAUCGAGCAGAGCUUCCAGGAGGCUCUGGCAAUCUACCCCCCCUGCGGCCGGCGGAAAAUCAUCCUCUCGGAUGAGGGCAAGAUGUACGGUCGGAACGAACUGAUCGCCCGGUACAUCAAGCUGCGGACGGGGAAGACGCGGACGAGGAAGCAGGUGUCCAGCCACAUCCAGGUUCUAGCUCGGAAGAAGGUGCGGGAGUACCAGGUUGGCAUCAAGGUCUCUAGCCACUUGCAGGUUCUUGCCCGGCGGAAAUCUCGUGAGAUUCAGUCCAAGCUGAAGGCCAUGAACUUGGACCAGGUCUCAAAGGAUAAGGCUCUGCAGAGCAUGGCAUCCAUGUCCUCCGCACAGAUCGUGUCGGCCAGCGUCCUGCAGAACAAGCUCAGCCCCCCCCCUCCUCUUCCUCAGGCCGUCUUCUCUGCUGCCCCCAGGUUUUGGAGUGGGCCUAUCCCAGGACAGCCUGGACCCUCUCAGGACAUUAAACCGUUUGCACAACCAGCUUACCCCAUCCAGCCAUCCAUGCCUCCGUCACUAGCCAGUUACGAGCCCCUGGCUCCGCUCCCGCCAGCCGCCUCGGCCGUGCCGGUCUGGCAGGACCGCACCAUCGCCUCCGCCAAGCUGCGGCUCCUCGAGUAUUCCGCCUUCAUGGAAGUGCCGCGGGACGCCGAAACGUACAGCAAACACCUCUUUGUGCACAUCGGCCAGACGAACCCCUCGUACAGUGACCCCCUGCUGGAGGCCGUGGACAUCCGCCAGAUCUACGACAAGUUCCCCGAGAAGAAAGGUGGCCUCAAGGAGCUCUAUGAGCGUGGGCCCCAGAACUCCUUCUUCCUCGUCAAAUUUUGGGCGGAUCUGAACAGCACGAUCCAGGACGGGCCGGGCACUUUCUACGGUGUCAGCAGCCAGUACAGCAGUGCAGAGAACAUGACCAUCACGGUCUCCACCAAGGUGUGCUCCUUUGGGAAGCAGGUCGUGGAGAAAGUGGAGACAGAGUACGCGCGGCUGGAGAACGGCCGGUUCGUCUACCGCAUCCACCGCUCCCCCAUGUGCGAGUACAUGAUCAACUUCAUCCACAAACUCAAGCACCUCCCGGAGAAGUACAUGAUGAACAGUGUCCUGGAGAAUUUCACCAUCCUGCAGGUUGUUACCAACAGGGAUACCCAGGAAACCUUGCUCUGCAUCGCCUUCGUUUUCGAGGUCUCCACCAGCGAGCACGGCGCCCAGCACCACGUCUACAAGUUGGUCAAGGACUAGGGGCCCUUGGGGACAGGCAGGGGCCCCGGGGGGCACACGGGGGGAGGGAGGGGGCCGUGCAGAAAAGCCACCUGUGGCCUGGUGAGAGAGAAGUCAUUUGAAGAGAGGAGGAGGAGGAGGAGGAAGAAAAACAAUAGCCAAAAAAGACUGACUUGCGAUCGCAGAUGUUUUCUACUUAGGAAGAGUUUCUUUUUUUUUUUUUUUUUUCCUAAAUAAAUAAAAAAGAAAAAAAAAAAAGAAAAAGAAUGAGAAAGGAAGAGUAGGGAGAAAGGAAACCCAUCCUGCAGCGGGACGUGCUAGGGGAGAUCCCUCCUUCCCCAUCGCUCGGGAGCGACGUUGCGGGGGCUGGUCCGAAUCCCAUCGGCGUGGGAGCAGCUGCGGGGCUGCCCGGCGGGUCCCGCACGGCAGGUGGCAGCAGCAGGGACGUGGGGACAGGCUGCCAAGGUGGCAGCAGGGUGACAAACCUGGGGGGAUGCUGCCAGCUCCCCCCAGGACCAGCCCCCGGGCUGCUCCUCCGUGCCCAGCCGGGGCUGAAGGUGGGAGGGCAUCGACGAUGCAAACCAUCUUUUUUAUGGCUUUUCUUUUUUCCUUUUUUUGGUGUUUUUUUUUUUGGUGUUGUUUUUUUUUUAAAUUAAAGUGCUUUUUAAUUCUUUUUAAAAAGACACCGUGCUUGUCAUCAGGGUUCUGUCCCUCUGGGGUGACUCGUUCCCCUCCCACCCUCUGGUCCCGGUGCCCGGAGGAGGAUGCAGCUGAGUUUGGGUUGGAGCCUCGCAGAACAGGGGGAGCUGGCUGGGGUAGGGAAGGUUUGGGGGUGUCCCCAUCACUCUGGGGUCACUCCAGAGCAGAAGCCAGUUUUUCCAUCGCAGUUGGAUCCCCUAACUCCGUGGCUGCUCCAGGGGUUGCACUUGGGGGUGGCCCAGCCUAAAUCUACCCCCCCCCCAUGGUUGCUUGGGUGAGGAGAGAGCGGUGAGGGUGGAUUUGCCUGAUUUACUUUGCAUAUGGAUGUUUUCCAUCUUCUUUUUCACCUUUUUGGCCUUUUUUUCUGUGUUGACUGUUCUGGUUUUUGCUGCUUCCCCGCAGCCACUCGGGCCAGGUUGCCUGUAUCCCAUGGGAAGCAGCCAGGAAGGUGGCUGGUCCAGGGAGAAGCACAUUGUGCAAUGCAGGGCCAGGCUGCCAGCAGGGAAGGGCUUGGGACAGAGAGGACAGAGGACAGGAGGGACACCAGGACAGGGGACUGGGUCUGCUUGGAGGUAUUUUUGUGGCUGCAGCCCAAAAUAAGCCAGGGUAGCGUGUGUGGUCUUGAGGCAGAGCAUCCCCAAGGUGCAAGAGGGGACAGAGGUUGGGUUUGGCAGUGGUGGCACAGAGCAGGGUGAUGGAGGGGGUGGCAG